AUGGUUCUCGCAGUUGACCUUCUCAACCCCACCCCGGCCGCUGAGGCCCGCAAGCACAAGCUCAAGACCCUCGUGCCCGCCCCCCGCUCCUUCUUCAUGGACGUCAAGUGCCCUGGGUGCUUCACCAUCACCACCGUCUUCUCGCACGCAAACACAGUCGUCGUCUGCCAGGGCUGCUCGCAGGUCCUGUGCCAGCCCACUGGUGGCAAGGCGCGGUUGACCGAGGGUUGCUCUUUCCGAAGGAAGUAGACGGUUCGCUAUCGCAAUGAUAGUGGGGAAUGAUGGAUUACGAUGAUGACUAUCAUGGCAUAGGGGCGUAGAUCUCAUUGGCGCCAAUCGACUCGACCGCAGGAUAGAAGAGGGAUCUUUCGACUCGAGUCAAUGCAAAAAGUCAAAAACGGGAGUUCCGGAUAUCUCAGCGCUGAUGGACAACCCUUUCCUCGAAUCUAUUUCCUUUUUGUUUGGCAUGGUCUUUCAGCUUUCAUGUACAUGCAUGUGGGAGGAGAGAUGGCAUUUCAGAGCCUUUGGAUCAAUCGUCCUAGGUGAGGACCGGUUUGCAAUCGAGGACACCUACGCAUGCUAGCGGUCCUUUGUAAAUCAAAACGUCAAAUCCUCACAUUCUUUUAACA